AUGCAAGAUAACCAAAUAGCUCAGAUAGCUCAGUUCAUCUCAAGAGCACAGGGUACAUUCCCAGGGAAACUGGAUUUAAAUCCGGUGGAACAUUACAAUCGCAUUGAGCUGCGGAGCGGACAUACUGUGGGAAGCCCUCAAAUCAUCACUCAGAUGGAGGUUGACUCAGAAAAGGAACCCACUCUCCUAAUGCCCAAUCAGACUCAAAACAGGGAUAGAGAAGAGAGUACUAAAAAGAUUAGAGAAGCUUGUCAGACCACCCCACAGAAUCAGAUGAUCCCGUUUCCUCAGAAGCUUAUAGCAUCCCAAAAGGAUGAAGAGUUUCACCGGUUUCUAAAAAAGGUUAAAGAGAUUUGCGUUGAGGUACCAUUGUUAGAUGCGCUGCACCAGAUGUCGAAGUUCGCAAAAUUUUUAAAGGGAAUCUUAUCUAAUAGAAGGAAAAAAGGCGACUUCGAGACCAUAGCAUUGACAGAGGCCUGCAGUGCUCUUUUCAUGGUGAAUUCCCCACUGAAACUUCAGGAUCCAGGAAGUUUCUCCAUACCAUGCAAAAUUAGCUCUGAACUCAUACCGAGAGCCUUCUGCGAUUUGGGAGCUAGUGUCAGGCUACUCCCGUACUCUCUGUGCAAAAAAUUGGGACUCCAGAGCAUUAAACUAACUACUAUGGCACUGCAGUUGGCUGGCCAUUCAUGUAGAUACCCAAUGGGAGGACCCCAAAAUCCUAAUCAUUCUUGGAAGACCCUCGCCACGACAGGAGCCCUCAUCGACGUGAAGAAUCACAAGCUAUCAUUGGAGAUCGAUAAAGAAAGAAUUGAAUUUGAUUUGUCCAACCCUUCUAACUGCGUCUCCUUUUCCCAGGGAAGUCCUAGCAGGAUAGACGUACGCGGGGUCGAGGAGCGCACCUUUUGA